AUGUCUGAGCCUACUGGUAUGCAUGUGGAUCAACUGAUUCCACAAAGUAAUCAACCUCCGGCCCAACAACAACAACAACAGCAACAGCCAAUCCAACAACCACAACCACAGCAUAGCAGUCAGCAACAACAGCAACAACAACAGCAACAUCACCAUCAUCAUCAUGGACACCAUCACCACAAGGAUCAAAACGCUAACACUGCUACCUACAUUGGAAAAUAUCAAGUUCUCAAAACUCUUGGUGAAGGAUCAUUCGGUAAAGUGAAAUUGGCUCAACAUACAGUAACUGGUCAAAAAGUAGCCCUCAAGAUUAUCAAUAGGAAAACUUUGGCUAAAUCAGACAUGCAAGGUCGAAUUGAACGAGAGAUUUCCUAUUUACGAUUAUUAAGACACCCUCAUAUUAUUAAACUUUAUGAUGUUAUAAAAUCAAAAGAUGAUAUUAUAAUGGUUAUCGAAUAUGCUGGUAAGGAAUUAUUUGACUAUAUUGUUCAACGAGGCAAGAUGCCGGAAGACGAAGCCAGGCGGUUUUUCCAGCAAAUUAUAGCUGCCGUUGAAUAUUGCCACCGACACAAGAUUGUUCAUCGAGAUUUAAAACCCGAGAAUUUAUUAUUGGACGAUCAGUUGAAUGUCAAAAUUGCUGAUUUUGGAUUGAGUAAUAUUAUGACAGAUGGUAAUUUCCUCAAGACGAGCUGUGGGUCCCCCAAUUAUGCUGCACCAGAGGUUAUAUCGGGUAAAUUGUACGCGGGACCUGAAGUUGAUGUUUGGUCAGCCGGGGUGAUUUUGUAUGUGAUGUUAUGUGGUAGAUUACCCUUUGAUGAUGAGUUUAUCCCGGCAUUGUUUAAAAAGAUUAGUAAUGGGGUUUACACGUUGCCUAGUUAUUUAAGUUCAGGAGCUAAACAUAUUUUGACAAGGAUGUUGGUGGUUAACCCUUUGAAUAGAAUUACCAUACACGAAAUAAUGGAAGAUGAAUGGUUUAAACAAGGCAUGCCUGAUUACUUGUUACCACCUGAUUUGUCCAAAAAUAAACACAAAAAGAUUGAUAUUGAUGAAGAUGUGAUUAGAGCAUUGCAUGUGACGAUGGGAUAUGACCGCGAUGAAAUUAUCAAUAUUAUUGAAAAAUGUAAUAAGCAUUCGUCGCCACAACUGCAAAAGAAUGAAAUAUUGGAUGCGUAUUUAUUAAUGAAGGAGAAUCAUUCAUUGGUUAAGGAUUUAAAGAAAUCAAAGCUGGAUAAUGUUGAUAGUUUCUUGAGUUCUUCACCACCUCCAACGUCAAGUAUGGGUAGUGAUGGUGGUAGUGCAGGGGGAUCUGCUGGUACUUCAGACGGUAGUAGCAACGCCGGUGGAACUGCUGCUGCUGGUGGUUAUCCGUCUCAUCCAGCAACUAGUUCUGCACCAGGAGUUCAACAAUCAUUGACUUAUCAAACGUUGGCAGGUGUGCCUGAUUUAUCACAGCUUCCCAACUCAACAAUUGCCAUAUUACCAACCAGUUUGCCAUCAAUCCAUCGAGCAUUUAUGAGUGAACAUCAACCAGGUCAAAAUCAACAACAGUACCAACCUACACCAACCAAGAAAUCUAAAACGAGGUGGCAUUUCGGUAUAAGAUCAAGGUCGUAUCCGUUGGAUGUGAUGGGAGAAAUAUAUCGUGCGUUGAAGAAUCUAGGUGCAGAAUGGGCGAAACCUACAGAAGAAGAAUUAUGGACUAUACGAGUUCGAUGGAAGUAUGAAGCUGCUGCUGCUGGUGUAGCUAGUACUGGUGGAGUCUCAAGCAAGACUCCUAAUUUGAUGAAGAUGCAGAUACAAUUGUUCCAAUUGGAACCUAAUAACUAUUUAGUUGAUUUCAAAUUCGAUGGAUGGGAACUGGAAGAGCAAGCAAGCAGUGGUAAUACUGAAGAUGCUAGUGCUAAUGCUAAAGAUCCCCAUAGACAUCAAGAUUUGGAUGAAGUGGGUAGUUUUUCAGCAUAUCCAUUCUUACAUUUGGCUACUAGAUUAAUUAUGGAAUUGGCUGUCAAUAGUCAGAGUGCCUAG